UUGGCUGAUGUUGGCACAGAAAAAGAUGUUAUCAUCGAAGCACCUGUGAAAAUGUAUUCUCACAUGGGCACACAAACGGAACCCUUGGAUUUCUUCAUAGACUGCCCAGUUGACUUACCGCUUGAGAGACAACAGAGAAAUGUGGCUUUAGAUCACACAUACAAUUGCAAACCAAAGCAGGUUGAUGCUCACCUCGAGAAUGUAUAAAAAAGGUAGAGCCCGACUCUUUGCAAGUUGAUGAGAAUUUGCAGCUCUCUGAUGAGUCCGCCAUGGAAUAUUGUGAUGUUGAUGAUAUAGGCUCAGUAGACGGCUGUGAUAGCUCAGAUGAAGACUGGAACCCCGACAAAGAUGACGAUUCUGAUGAUGAAAAGGCAGAUUUCUUUAACUGGCUUGACAAAAACAAA